UCGCGAGCGAGCUCAAGCACUAGCUACUCAGGUCGUUCCUCGAUCAGGCAGUAGCUAGCAAAGCUAGCUAGUGAUCGAGUCAAGGGACGAACGAAGGUUGAAGAAGAGGUCCGAGAGGAGAGAAGGAAAGGGCGCGGCCAUGGCCAGUGACGGAGCGCCGCCGAUGGGUAGCUCGUUGCACGGGAUGUCGGCGCGCGAGCCGGCCUUCGCCUUCUCCACGGAGGAGGGCCGGGGGCGCCCCGAGGAGAACGCUGCCGCCGCCGCCGCCGCCGCCAAUAAUAAGUUCGAGCUGCCGGUGGACUCGGAGCACAAGGCCAAGUCCCUCCGCAUCCUGUCCCUGGCCAACCCGCACAUGCGCACCUUCCACCUCUCCUGGCUCUCCUUCUUCACCUGCGUCGUCUCCACCUUCGCCGCCGCGCCGCUCAUCCCCAUCAUCCGCGAGAACCUCGGCCUCACCAAGACGGACAUCGGCAACGCCGGCGUCGCCUCCGUCUCGGGCGCCAUCUUCUCGCGCCUCGCCAUGGGCGCCGUCUGCGACCUCCUCGGCCCGCGCUACGGCUGCGCCUUCACCCUCAUGCUCUCCGCGCCCGCCGUCUUCUGCAUGGCCGUCGUCGACAGCGCCGCCGGGUACAUCACCAUCCGGUUCCUCAUCGGCGUCUCCCUCGCCACCUUCGUCUCGUGCCAGUACUGGACCAGCACCAUGUUCAACAUCAAGAUCAUCGGCACAGUGAACGCGCUGGCGUCCGGAUGGGGCGACAUGGGCGGCGGCGCCACGCAGCUCAUCAUGCCCUUCGUCUACGAGGGCAUCCUCAAGUGCGGCGUCUCGCCGUUCGAGGCCUGGCGCGUCGCCUACUUCGUGCCGGGGAUCAUGCACGUGGCCAUGGGCAUCCUCGUGCUCACCACGGGGCAGGACCUCCCCGACGGCAACCUCCGCAGCCUCCAGAAGCAGGGCGGCGCCGCCAGGGACGGCUUCUCCAAGGUGCUCCGGCAUGCCGUCACCAACUACCGCACCUGGGUCUUCGUCUUCGUCUACGGCUACAGCAUGGGCGUGCAGCUGACCACCAACAACGUCAUCGCCGAGUACUACUACGACCGCUUCGACCUCGACAUCCGCGUCGCCGGCAUCAUCGCCGCCGGCUUCGGCAUGGCCAACCUCGUGUCGCGGCCCCUGGGCGGCGUCCUCUCCGACGUCGGCGCGCGCUACUGGGGCAUGCGCGCCCGCCUCUGGAACAUCUGGAUCCUCCAGACCGCCGGCGGCGCCUUCUGCCUCUGGCUCGGCACCGCCGGCGCGCUCCCGGCCUCCAUCACCGCCAUGGUGCUCUUCUCCUUGUGCGCGCAGGCGGCGUGCGGCGCCACCUUCGGCGUGAUCCCCUUCGUCUCCCGGCGGUCGCUGGGCAUCAUCUCCGGCAUGACGGGGGCCGGCGGCAACAUCGGCGCCGGCAUCACGCAGCUCAUCUUCUUCACCCUGUCCGACUACUCCACGGGCACGGGGAUCCGGAACAUGGGCAUCAUGAGCAUGGCGUGCACGCUGCCGCUGGUGCUCGUCCACUUCCCGCAGUGGGGGUCCAUGCUCCUCCCGCCCAGCGCCGACGCCGACGAGGAGCGCUACUACGCCUCGGAGUGGAGCGAGGAGGAGAAGAGCUUGGGCCGCCACAGCGCCAGCCUCAAGUUCGCCGAGAACUGCCGGUCGGAGCGCGGCAGGCGCAACGCCAUCCUCGCCGGCCCAGCCACGCCGCAGGACAGCAAUACGCCGGAGCACGUCUGA